GCUGCACACCCACGGCGGCCACCACUCCGUCAGCACCGCCCCGCCGCCCUCAACCCCCACACCCCCAGAGUCAUGGCCUCCUGGACUAGCUUGGCGCUGUUGUCCGCAUUAGCGGUUAGCGCGCUGAGUUCGCCAGACGAAAGUGCCUACAAAAUUCCUCAAGUGGGCACAGGAAGACGGUCUCAGUACUACGUUCUACAUAAUGAUGGAACAUACAAGUACGGAUAUGAUACCGGCGAGGGAGCCUUCGAGAGUACGAAGCUCAAGUACGCCGGUAAACAAGACGGAGAAUUCGGUUACAGGGAUCCCGAGGGCAAUAAUGUCCGUCUCCAGUACGAGGCCGGUGUGGGAGGUUUCCGCCCCAGCGGUGCCCAUCUUCCUGUUCCGCACCCUGACUUCGAUGCUGCCCACGCCGCGGCUCGCGCACGACCACCUUUCGUUGACCCUCUCGCAGACACAAACACCGACGCGUCGUACAAAUUCCGUUUCUCAGAAGACGGACUUGCACGAACAGAGCAAAGUGACUCAGAUGGUAAUGUGCGAGGCUCUUACAGCUACACAGAUGAGGAAGGUCGAACACGAACCUACUCAUACACUGCCGGUCGAGGUAUUGGUUUCGUUGUCGAGGGCGACGAUCUUCCUCAAGAACCUGCAGCUCCUGGAUCUACUCCAGCAGCAACAAGGCUUUCCUCCGCUGGGCAGUUUGGUUCUCCCAGUUUACGCACUGCCGGAGCUUCAUUGUCAAGAACUUCCCAAAGAGGAUACAGUGGAUCUUCAACAUUUGGUGCUGGAACUUUUACCUCUGGUACAGCGGCAUCACGUACCUCUUCUGCAUCUGGCACUCCUACUUUCUCUGCCUCUCGUCGGCCAACUUUCACAACCAAACAAACUCCGUACAGCUCCCCAUCUUCACGACUUUCUCCGUCAACUCGUACUCGCCCAUUCGAACCUGCCAAUACUCGCAGCCAACUCUCGCCUGAUGGUAGUUACAACUUUGCCUACGAUACCUCCAGUCACUCACGCGCUGAAUCUGGUGAUAGAGAUAACAAAGUAGCAGGAAAAUUUGAGUUCGUAGCAGAUGACGAUGGACAAAAAAGAGCUAUUAAGUAUGAGGCAGGAUCUGCUACAGGAUUUAUCGCCGAUGGAGCUCACAUUCCUGUAGGACCCGAGGUGCCUGGAGCACCUUCAGGUCAGCCUACUGGCAGGAUCGUUCCGGUUCGAGAGGUUCCUUUCAUCGACCCCUUGGCUGACUCCAAAUCUGAUGCCUCUUAUAACUUUGCCUUCGAUUCCGAACAGUACUCACGCUCGGAGAGCGCUGACGCCGACGGCAAUGUCCAGGGCACCUACACAGUCGUGGACGAUGACGGCACACGCCGCACUUACCGAUUCCGGGCCGGUGAAGGCAUCGGCUUCGAAACUGAGGAAGUUUCAACUUCUCGUGGUCCUCCUCCAUCUCGCGCUGCUUCAACUUCUUUUGCCACAUCUGCUUCAGGAUCAUCAGCCUCAUCUACCCAAAGUGCAUCUACUCUCGGUGUUCUGAGUUAUUCUACCCCAUCAGCACGUCAACCAGGCUCUCAGCCUUCGACAUCAUUUAGAGCAUCUACCGGCUUCCCGUCAGCAUCGAGGUCACCACUGAGGAGCACCUUCACGCCAUCAUCCACACACGAAGUGUUCCCAGGCUUCAAGCUCCGUCAAUACGAUGCUACAGACAAUGCAGACAAGUAUGGCUAUGUUUUGACUUUCGACAAUUAGAACAAACUUUGAAGAUUCCCAUUAUAGUUGUAUAAGUCACUGUAUUUAGUAAGAGACGAAUUUACACUCACGUUUUCAUACAUUUUCGAACGUUCACAUCUGUGUUCGUUCACACGAGACAUGGGCCUCUAUAUCUAGCUACGGUGAUGGGUACACAGACCUGGCAGCUACACUCAGGAAGAAGAACAUCUGCCAUGAAAAAAAAGCACACACACCAAUGUAUUGGAAACUCAACACAAGCAUUGUUUAUGUCGUGUAAGCAACUAUCUAUAAACAUAUAAAACAAACUAACAUAUUCAUGUUUAGCCCUUGUUUUUUUCAGUUGCAAUAAAGUUUUGAAGUUUAA